AUGAUAUGAAACUGUUCUUUUGUGUAGAUCUAACAGGGUGACAAUUAUGCGGAUUUUGUGCCAAUGGUAAGGUUUCAAUUGGGCGGGCGGGAACUGUCUUUACAGUGAGCCAAUGAGUGGGUGUAGCUGUUAAACCUGUAAUGUCUCACAUGGGACCAGAUGCAACUAAGAGCUCAUUUGUGAAUAGGUCUGAGCUAGAGGAAUCAUGUGCCUGAACACUGGCUAUCCGUGCAACUGUCUGACCGAUGGAAACCCAUGUGAACCAUGCAGGAUGACGGCCAAAGACAGGCAGACAGAGGAGACCCACCUCUCCAACUUCAAUGUAGCGGGCGCAGCGGGGAGCACAUGUGAACCAGACCUGAGUGACUCCUCCGAUGGCGUUGUGAAGGAGCGGGGUCGAAACUGGGGAUGGAUGCUGUCUGGGAUCAUCUGUGUGAACAUUCUGAUCCUGGGCUGUGCCCUGGUCAGCGGCACUGCCUUCAGCAGUGUAAACAUCAGCAUGCCUGACCUGCAGAUUUUCCUCAUCAUCCUGCUUCUCCUCACCACCAUCUGGAUGAUUUAUUACGUCGUCUACACGGCCAGGAAAGAAAACGCUGUAGUUUACAAGGAUGGACACGCCGGACCUGUAUGGCUCAGGGGAGGUCUUGUGCUUUUUGGAAUUCUCAGUAUCAUCAUGGACAUUUUCAAGAUAGCCGGCUAUGUGGGCUACCUCCACUGCGAUUCUGCUGUAAAGGUUGUCUUCCCUGUAGUGCAACUUGUCUUCAUUAUUGUGCAGACUUACUUUUUGUGGAUCCACGCCAAGGACUGUGUGCAGUUACACAGGAACAUUACACGUUGUGGGUUGAUGCUCACCCUCUCCACAAAUCUAGUUUUAUGGAUGACUGCGGUCACUGAGGAGUCUCUUCACCACACCGAAUUGCCAGAAUAUCCAAGUAACACUACGAAAGACUCCGGACGAAAGAUGUACAUUAAUAGAGCUGGUUAUGGAGACGAUAAGUGCAAAUGCAGCCACUCCUCAUGCAGCGUCUUCAAAGAAGCAUAUUACUACUUGUACCCCUUCAACAUCGAGUACUGCCUCUUUGCGUCCGCCAUGGCCUACGUCUUGUGGAAAAAUGUUGGUCGAGUCAUAGACGAUCACAGCCACCACAAGAUCAAGUUCACUCUGAGGGGCGUGUUCUUUGGUCCUCUGAUAGGAAUUCUCUUAGUGGUUGCAGGCCUGGCAACCUUCAUCGCGUACGAGAUGCAAAUACAGCAAGAUGACAUUGAUGAUGAGGGCAAAGAAGAAGCAGUGAUGAUUCACUUUGUUAUGAAUAUAGUUAUAGUGACCAUGAUGUCUUUGAGCAGUGUGAUCGGCCUUGCCGUCUACAAAGUGGACCACAGGGAGCACGUGUCAGAUAAAAACCCCACACGCAGCCUGGAUGUGGGGCUACUGGUUGGGGCGUCACUGGGGCAGUUCGUCAUCAGCUACUUUACUAUCGUUGCCAUGGCUGCAACUGGAGCCAAAGGCUACCUAAACAGGCUCAACCUAACCUGGGCUAUCCUGAUGGUGAUCCAACUCGCCCUGCAGAACUUUUUCAUCAUUGAGGGUCUACACCGGGAGCCCUUCCAUGAGGUGCAGCCAGUGGUCACUGUGGUUGAAAAUCCAUAUGUGCUGCAAAUAGGCAAAGAGCUGAACUGCCUCGAGGCAUCAAAAAUGGAAUCAAAACUGAGCCCAAUACCCAUAUCGCACAGCCUGCACAACCACGCAGAUGAACACCGACCCAAACUGUUAUGGAAGAGACGAGUGCUGAAGGAGGUCUGUGUGUUUCUGCUGCUGGGAAACGUCAUACUGUGGAUCAUGCCAGCAUUCGGAGCUCGCCCCCAGUUUGACCAUGACACUGAAACAGAAUUCUACCAGUUCAACAUGUGGUCUGUGAUUGUGAACGUUGGACUCCCUUUUGGCAUCUUUUACCGGAUGCAUUCAGUCGCCAGCCUGUUUGAGGUUUUCCAAACCUCAUAGCUCCUCGUGAAAACAACAAGAGCAACGAAGAAAUCCUUGCUCCCCGAUCCAAAUGUUGUGUACAGCCAACUUUUUCAAUAUUAUUUAGCUGUUUUGUAUAAAUUAUUAGUCUGUUUGAUGAUGCUUUGUUGUAUACUAUACAUUUUGUGAAGUAGAUAUUGACUGACUAUUUGAUCACCUCUCUCAAUAUAGCCUGUAAAUGUGAAAAUAUAAAACAUAUUCAAAAUGUUAAUUUCAUAUAUAAAUAAGUCUGAGGCUAACCUUGAAUAACUAGUUCACGGUUUAGCCUCUCUAUGCACAUAAGAAAUGAAAGCAAUGCAUUACUCUGCACAAAUGAACUGUUGAUUGUGUCACUAAUUGUUAUGAUCAUUGUUAUUAUACAAUUAUUAAAAGAAUGUCGCCUCA